GUGGCCUCUCUUUUCUUCUGACGUCACCUUGCGCAACAGCAGGUACCCUUAAAAAUUUCAACAAAGCCAACAUGACAAAUGAAAUUUUAUUUUCAUGGAUAUGGAAAUUAGCUCAUGAUUUGCCACAGAUAAGGCAGUUCCAACUAAACCAUUGAAAAAACUUUUGCUUUAACGAGCAGAGUCAAGCGUACCUUGUUGUUAUAUAUUUUCCUGAUGAAUGCGGAUUACGAUUAUUUGUUUAAACUUCUCCUGAUAGGGGACUCCGGCGUUGGAAAAUCAUGUCUCCUGAUCCGCUUCGCAGACGACACGUUUACGGACAGUUUUAUAAGCACAAUAGGAGUGGACUUCAAAAUAAGGACCAUUAAUGUUGAGGGAAAAAUCGUUAAGUUACAAAUUUGGGACACUGCUGGACAAGAGCGCUUUCGCACGCUAACGACAGCUUAUUAUCGAAGCGCACACGGGAUCAUCAUGGUAUAUGAUGUGAAUGAAAAGGAAACUUAUUUACACAUCGAUCAGUGGCUGGAAGAAAUAGAAAGAUAUGCUUGCGGCGGAGUGAACAAACUUCUUGUGGGAAAUAAAUGCGAUUUGUUGGGUAAACGCCAAGUUGAGUACGAGGUGGCCAAAAGUUUCGCGCAAAGACUUCAGAUUUCGUUCAUUGAAACAAGCGCAAAGGACAGAACCAAUGUUGACAACGUGUUUUAUACAAUGGCGGAAGAACUAAGAGAGAAGCUUGGGUCACCCCUGACUUCUCCCGAUGGUGGAGGUGAAAAUUUAAGCUUGAAAGACAGUACUCCGGUUAAUACAAGUAACUGGCCGAAAUGUUGCAGUUUUUCAUGAUUGAGUGGUAGUACUUGCGAUUGUUACGAAUAAUAAAAAGGCUCGAUAUUUGCUCAUAAACAAGACAAUCACUUCAAGAGAGAUUACGAUUAAAAAUAUUUGUCUUCAAGGAGUAUGGUGAAACUGUAACCUGCAUGCGCAACCACUAGGAAAGUGUAGUGUUGUAUUGGAAGUAAGGGACAUUGUAAAAUGGGUAAAGAAACACUUUCGAAAGCUUCCAUUGGAAAAUCAAAAUUCUUGAGAAAGACAAAGUACUAUUCAAUACAUAAUUGUGGAAGGAAUAUGGCUUUCAAAUGUUAUAUGCAAAAAGGGAAAAAUUUUUAGUUUUUGGACAGAUACAGUUUGAUUUCAACAUUUUGGGUAAAUUCCAAGUGCGUAUAUGUGUUUUUAUCAUUGUUAUUAUUAUUAAAAAUAACAAAAGAUGAAAAGUAGGGAUUCAGACUGACCAAGUUAAUAUUUUGCAGCUUUAAUAUUGGGAAUUGGAGGAGGUCUUUUAUUACCAACUAGAACGAAUCUCUAGCAACAACUAUAUCGGAAAAUCUAGAAUUUACAUCGACAUGAAAGUACUGACGCUUUACCUUGCAUGAUAGUUGGCCGUUUUGGUAGGCAAAUAAAAAAGCAAAAUAUGCAA